GUUCGCUUCUAUCCGUCAGUACGAUGGUUAACAACACAUCCGAUACAAGCACGCACACAUCCACAGGCAAUAAUACGCACACACAAUCAUACGCACACACGCCCUGCUACCCCUUCCCCCAUCUUCCUCCUCUUCCGUCAGACGUGUUUUACGGAAUGUUGUCAAGGGAAUGAACGGAAAAUCAGCGUUUGAGAUGUUGGGCUGUGUCGUGGUUCUGCUGGGAGCCAUCCUAAGUGCUGAAUGCUUUGCUAGAAAUGACCUCCAUGAGCGUCUGGCUCACGGCCGGCAGCUGAAGAUCUUCCUCCCUAAGACCUCAGAGCGACUGGAGUUCAUCCCUGCAGGCCAGUCUGUGGCCAGCGACGUCUAUUGGGAGAAGGGCCAGCACAGGCCGAAAAGAGGGAGUGUUUUUACGACGGGAAGUGACCGCCGCUGGACUCUGGAUAAGGUGACGUACGCGGACGAGGGAACGUACAUCCAGAAAGACUUCUGGCAAAAGGAGGUGUCCAGUGUUAAAGUAGCCGUAACACCAAGACACGUCUUUACGAAGUGUGUUGCUGGGGAGGAUCUCUCUGUGUCUCUGGAGGGCAUCGAGCUGAGUGACGCCACCCUCCGCUUCUCUGGAGAAAACAUCAACAUCACCCUGGUGCGGGAUGGGGGCCCCGGUGGGGCUGGGACCACAUGGACUACCACGACCGGGGUGCGACCGCAGCACACCAGGAUUGACAUCCGGGAGGUGAACACCACCGACGUGGGCCACUACACCCUGGUAGACCCGCCGGGACCCGCGUGGUGUCCAUCGUACGCAUGGAACUCACGGACCACCAUGACUCCAGCGGGGGAACCCCCUCCUGGCCCUCCUGCUGCUCAUGGGCAUCCCAGCUGGCAUCUGCUGCUGCUGCAGGAAGAAGAUCUUCAAGAAGAAAGGCUCCCCCGCCACCUACACCUCCACCACCCUACAGACGACCCCGGUGGGGCAGUACUCCCCUGCGGGAGGUCCAGCCGGCCCACCUCCCUCCUAUCAACCUGGUCCUGGGGAGCCCACGGUGUUUUACCAUGGGCCCAAUACGGGUCCGGCGGUACAACCCCCUCCAGCUGGGGGACAGUGGAACGGCCCGCAGCCUUCUCCGGGCUCCUACCCCCCCGUGAACCCCAUGUACCCCCCUGUGGACCCGGGGUACCCCCCCGCUGGCCCGUCCUACCCCCCCUCAGGCCCGGGGUACCCCCCCGCUGGCCCGGGGUACCCCCCCGCUGGCCCGGUGUACCCCCCUGCCCAGCCCACGCAGUGGAACGUCCCGGCGCCUGGACCCUACCAGCCCGGCGCCGCCCCAAUGGGCUACGCUCCAGCGAUGUACUCCGCUCCACCGGGCGACGCCGCACUCUCUGCUCCCGCCAACGCCCCGCUGCUGGCUCCCCAGGUUGAGGCUCCAUCAGCACCAGUGCCUCCUAACCCCGCCCAACCCGGUGACUCCGCCUACAAGUUCGAGGUCGACACAGGAAAGAACAACUCCUCCAACUUCCUGUAACCCACCGACCACCACCUGGUGCACCACCUGGUCCCCCACCUG